ACUGCGUUGCUCGUGUGCUCGUGCUUUGGCCUGGCCAUGGCAUCGACAGAAGCGCGAGCUGAUGGGUUGCAGCUCUUCGCACAGAAAGUAUGCAGCAGCCGGACGCGCCAAUCCAGCCCGCACAUGCGGGGGUCGAUGCAUGGGACCUCCCGGAAGAGGCGGGGCCACAGGCGCUUCACGUCUGCAUCAGCGCGGAGUCCGCCUGCCAGGAGCUGGGCGAGAAUUUGGUGGAGCAGAUCAGGAAGCAGCUGCUGCUCUCGCUCCGCCUGCGGCCAUACCGAAACCACACGGAGGUUUCACUGCUGCUGUUGACUCAAGACGGCUGGUCUGUGCCAGAAUGCGAGGUGCUGAUACCUUUGCUCUCGCCGGAGUGGCUGCUGACCCCUAUUGGAGUGGCCGCGCUGCGCUCCACCUUCCUCCUGCGGUCCAUGCACUUAGGCCCAGAGUUGCUGCCGUUGGUGCACAGCACCUCGUUCUCCACCAAGCCAGAUGGCUUGUCUAGGGCGCUGAACAGCCCUUCGGCGCAGCUCCUGCGCGAGGCGGCGACGCCUGGCAGCUGGGGUUGCCUUGAUACCAACAUGUCAGCGGCCGUAGAGCAAGCGGCAGCUUGGGCAGUUACCCGCGUUGAGGCGCUCUUCGCUUGGCAAGAUCCAGGUUCCGAAGGCAGCUCGCCGCAGCGCAGUCACCCGCGCAACGACGGCGGUUCCGGCCUCACACAGACUACCUGGCGACGAUCGAACAACGUGGUGCCACUGGCAGCAGACCGCUCGGAUUUGCCGGAGGCUGUGUGGCAGGACCACGCCCAGUUCAGCAGCAAUUCACCAAAGCGGCCCGCCAAUAUGCCGAGCCUUCGAGCUGCCGCCGGCACGGACAGGCGCCGCCCCGAGCCGCUGGACAAGGCCUCGCUGCGCCAAGCCGCUGAAGCCUCCGCGCAGCAGGCCGAGAAUCUCCAGCGCCAAGGGGCACAGCUGCCCCGCCGGGCCUCGGAGCCUUUGCCAUCAGAGACCCUCACAGGAUUGAAGAAGACAGUUGCCGGGAAGGACUGGGCCGAGGCCAUGCGCGACGCCUUGGGCGUGCCAGAUGCUGCAGGGGCAUUCCCACAAGGCACCUCACGCCACGGGUCCAAAGAAAGUGCACAUCAAGACAUGCCGCCACUACCCAGCGUUGGCCCGCCCAUCCCUUCCCAGCUGGGUUCGAGGAAGAAGGGCCGUAUGAUACCCCCUCUGCCGGAUCGCCCACCGCGGCCAGCCUCUGCUCUGUCGGCCAAAGGCCACUGCCGGAGGCGGCAGCCCUGGCGUGCUCAUGAGUUCGGGAACUGUGACGACAGCUUGCCUGAGCAAUUGCCAGAGGGUCUUCUGGCUGCGGCCACGGUGCGGCAUUGGGCCACCUUGGCCUUGGAGCAGAGACCCAGGACCCCAGGUAGAACUUCUGAGGAGCCACAAAGCGCCCCGGCGACGCCCAAGGGCCGCGAGGAGGAUUGGGAUCACUUCGGGCUGUUGGAUGCUGGCUUUUACACGGCGGAGGCCAUGAGCCCCUCCGCGCUGCGGAGCCAAGGCUUAGGGUUGGCUGCACCAGAUCCCUUCACAGGUGAAACCAUGCUGUCAUGGGCAAAGACUGGAAACUGGGACCCCAGCUCAACAUGGUGGGGCGCACAUCCAGCCGAGACCUGCCACAGCGCGGGGCGCAGCCCAAGCCAAGAAGCUCCCCAGGAAGAGGCAGCCGCGGAAGGCGGCUGUGACCCGGACCCGAAGGAGCUGGCAGGGGCUGAGAGAAACCGGGCAUCCAAAGUGGAUGCCAUGAUGAGCCUUCAGGUAGAGCUUCCGCCGCUGCCAGGGCAAGCUCUGUCCAGCGAUCUGUUGGCUGCUGGCGGCGCCAUGCCAGCCGAGAACAACGUGGUUGAGCUGAGCUUGGGCUCGCUGGAGCUGGGAACGCAACUUCUUCACGCCAAGGGCGGCGGAAGCUACGGUCCCAAGUUCAUUGCCUUGAACUUGAAGUUGAACCGCAGAGUGGUUUGCUGGCGCUUUGUCGCUCCAAAGCACCUUGAGAUGGCUCGACGUGCCCUGCUGAAAGACUCCGUCGCAGAGGAGGUCCUACGCUUGCGAAGCCUGCGCCAUGAAUGCUUAUGCCCGUACUUUGCCGGUGAGGUCAUUGAUGACGAGCUGUACGUCGUGACUGGCUAUGCUCCAGGUGGCUCUGUGGCAGACUGGCUGGCAGAUGCAGGGCCUUUGGCAGAGGCAGCUUGCCGCCGCGUCAUUCGGUCUGUGCUGCAGGGCUUGAAGUUCUUGCACAGCAACGCUGUGGCGCAUGGCGCAGUCCGAGGUGGGAACGUGCUGCUGGGGCCGGGCGCUGCCAUUCGUUUGUGUGACUUCGGCUUGGUCGCGCUGCGAAGCGGCUCCAACGCGGGUUCUGCGCCGAAGACCGCGCAGACUGGGACGGCGCUGUCUCAGUCAGCAGUGCCGUGGAUGUCCCCAGAGGUCUUGGAGGGUGCCAAACCCUCGCCCGCCAGCGACGUUUGGUCUUUGGGCUGCCUGGUGGCUGAGCUGAGUUUGGCGAAGCCCAUCGCGUUGGGCGCUCCCUUCCGUGCGCGGGCAAACUCUGCCCCGCUGAUGUUGGAGGAGCUGGAGGCUUUGACCGAGUUUGGCAAGGCUCUCGUGACGACUUGCAUGAGGCACGAUCCGUCACAGCGUCCUGAAGCAGCCGCACUGCUGAAAGGCCCAACACAGAUCUAGCACGUGCGGGGCUUGUGAGUGUGAGCAGGUAAUGGUUGGACGAGGAUAUUGUUGCA